CCGGUUGCCAGGGCCACGCGGUUGCCAAGGCCGCGGCUCAACGCGGUGGCGGCCCCGCCGCCACCGUCCGGGCCCGCCGCCGCCUCCUGCCCCGGGCCGGCGCCAUGGUGAAGCUCGCUGCCAAGUGCCUGCUGGCAGGAGAUCCAGCUGUGGGCAAGAGUGCUUUAGCCCAGAUGUUUCGCAGUGAUGGGGCUCAUUUUCAGAAGAACUACACACUGACAGCGGGCAUAGAACUGUUGGUGAAGGCUGUAUCAGUUCCAGAGACAAGUGAUAGUGUGGAAUUCUUCAUUUUUGACUCUGCAGGAAAAGAUCUAUUUUCUGAAAUGCUGGGGAAACUGUGGGAGCAACCCAACGUCCUGUGCCUUGUGUAUGAUGUCACUAAUGAGCAAUCCUUCAACAACUGUAGCAAAUGGUUGGAGAAACUGAGGGCUCAAGCAGUUGGCAUGCACAUCCCAGGUGUCUUAGUGGGGAAUAAAACAGACCUAGCUGAUCGUCGAGUUGUGGAGCAGGAGCAAGCACAGGAGUGGGCUGAGAAACAUGGCCUGGAAUACUGUGAGAUGUCAGUGAAGGAAAUGAAAAAUUUUGAGGCCCCAUUCCACAUUCUGGCAAAAUUAUUCCACCAGCUGUACAAAGAGAAAGUGGAAACUUUUCACUCACUAGCCUGACUGAAUCUGUUUCUUUCCUUCUGCGUGGCUCACUGUCCCUGCCUGGUGGGAGCCGCGUCGCGUCCAGCCGCUGUCGCUUGGUGACGCAGUGCCCUCUGCUGGUCCCAGGUCACAGGAGUUCUCCAGAGGCUGCCACCUCCCUUGAAGUGAACAGGAACGGCUUCCUGCAGCCGCUUCCAAAUUGGAUAAACUGCAAAGUGGAGUCAAAUUGCAAGAAUACCUUUUCUAUUUUAAAGAUUAAUCUAAAACUUAUAAAAAAAUUACCUUUUCUUCUUCAUGUCUUUAUCAUCUUACGUAUUGUUGUGUCAUUUUUGUCAGCUGAAUUUGGCAAUACCAUUCUGAUUAGGUGCAGUUCUCAAUCUGAAAAUCAGAGUCCUCUUAUUAAAGUCUCUCUGCUUGUCAUUGAAUUUCAGAUAAAAGACCAUGGUUCUGAUGUUGCUAGUGGAAACAGGACUAAGGAAAUGAAAGCCUGGCUAAGUUACUCUGACUCAGCUGUGUCUGGCUAGAAGUUUCAUAUUAGAAAGGGUAAAAGCCUAGAGAGAGUUGCUCUUUUGUGUGCAGUAUUGAUGUUGCAUAUGUAAGAGUCUUUGCUAAUGCAGUAUGCAGAAGCACCUGUGGUGAGGUCCUGCCUUGUAACUGAGCCUAACACCAAGAAUUUCAAAAAUUUAACCAUUAUCUUCCAGAUUAUGGUAGACCCCCGUAGGCAAGGGAAACUGAGUUUUGUAGAGACUAAGCACUGAGUGAUUUUUCAGGCAGUCUUUUCAGGAAUCUGUGUUUCAAGACUUUUAUAUGUGUGGUUUAUAAUAAUUUUUAUGCCCAGUGCUAGGAAAAGUACAUUAAAUUGAACAUAAGAAAUAUGGCUGCAGAUGUUGCAGGAGAGUUUAUGAAGCACUUCAAGAAUCUGGAGAAGCACUGCCCUCAUUUCACUGGCAACAGUGUGUUGAUGCUGGGAACUCACUAGGGAGCAUAAAUACCAGUUAAAGAGGGUGAGUAGGAGCUCAAUCUACAAGAAGUGAAAACAAGAGGUUCUUUUGCUAGAAGCCAACUCAAAAAUGGCAGAACAAGGUGGGAAAGCUCCUGCUUUCUCCAAAGAAGGAAGGGGUCCUCCAUGAACUUAGGGUAACAAGAAGACUUACUCUUUUUAAAAUUGGAUUAGCAUUACUGGCAUUUGUGUCUUACAUGGGCUGCCUUGUUAAUCCUGGGUAUUUUCUAUUGAUUUACAUAGGCUGUAUAGAUGCUUGCUUGCAGGUGCUGAUGUCUCUGACUAGUAAGAAUAAAAACUAUUUUGGAUGCUGUGCUGAUCUUGUUAAAGAACUAAAGAAGGUUUGUUUUUAUUUGGUAUUUCAUUUCCCCCUGCUUCCAUUGAUGAUGUGAUCACAAAACAAAACACAUAUUUUUUCAUAUUGAAAAUAACAUAGCAGACGUGUAUGUCACCUGUGACAUUGUGUAUCUAGGGGGGAUGAAUGCCUUGGGAAUAGGUAAUAAAAUGAAUUCUGUGCAAUCUUUAACCAGGGAGCCCAUCUCUCUGCACCUGAAGGACCUCCCAUAAAUUCAAAUAAACACUCUGAAAGCACCAGUAAGAUGAAGACUGGUGAAUGCUGUUUUAUAAAAUAAAUGUAAAAGCUGGAGCAGCUUAUUAAGGGAAUGUUUGCAGUGGUGAUUUGUGAUUUAUAGGGAAGCUGCUUUUGAGAAGUUAGUGAAGAAAAAUGCUGCCCAUGCAGGGAAAGAUGUAUUGCCUAAGAGAGGAAAUGCAUGAUGUAAUUACCUUAUAGCAAGGAUUCACCCACUGCCCCUUUCCCUCUUCCACAGACCACAACUACAAUUAGAAAAGAAAUCAUGUCUAAAGCAUGUUGUCCAACUUGCUUUUUACAGGACUAUUUCAAGCACUAAUGUGGACACAAUUUAAUGCCCUUCAAAAUAGUGUGUUUGACAAUAACAAUCUCAACCAUUUCAAAUGCAUUUUAACAGCAUAAUAUAUUGUCCUUCCUGGCUAAUGUGCUGUAUAAUACCAGCCUGAUGCAAAUGGUGGUUGUUGCUAUUUUCCUGGCUUAAAUGUGACCGUGGUUGUAGAGGCUAGGAGCACAGAAGGGGUAGAAAACAUGGGAGCCAAACAUGGGAAGGUUGUGGGAAAUAGUUUUGUCUCUGUUUGAAGGAGUUCAGGGUAGUGACUAAGUGAGCUGGACCAGCAGGAUGAGUAAGAGUCUGGAGCCAUUAUUAAGUUUCUUCUCCCUGUUUACUAACUGUGGCAGACACAUCUGUAGAAUGAGGAUGCAUGUUUACUGCUUGUAGGCUUAGCAUCAAUCUGAAUUACAGAUGCUGUGGAGAACAGUGGGAGAAAGACAGGAAGCCUGUCUGCUGACCAGAAGGCUUCUUGUCUUCUUACAGCUCCCCUGCUUUGUCCAGCUGUGCAGUGCUGCAGGUGCUCAGCAUGAGUGUUACAGCACAGAAAAGACCCAGCUCAACCAGAACUGAAAUUUCAAAAGAAGGGGAAGGAAACAAACAUGCCUUUAACUAGUUUUAAUAGAUAUGUAGUCCUUUUUCCUGCUUGUUUGAUUAGACAAAACCAUUUCUUUCCUCUCAGGAGUCCCUCCUCCUUACCUUUCCUUUGGUCCUCAUGGGUCUGCACAGAAUCUCUGUUAUACUUGUGCCCUGCUUUACUUAGCUUGAUACAUCACCAGCUGAUUUUUUUUUUUAAUCCUUCUAAUUUCUGCAUUAUCUAUUCCCAAGGCUGAAAGACAUUUCUUCUUAGAUUAAUAGACUAAAGGAAACAAAAGUGGAAUUUUUAGACAAAUUGUCUUGGAAGAAAAAGCCUUAAGAAGCUGUCUGACAUUCUGAAAUUUUACUGGAAAUUCGUUUGUGUAAAGUUGUCAUAUUAAAGAUGCUUUAAUGGUUUUGUUUUGUCUUGCCAGACAUAGUCUACUGCAGAGUGAAAUUCAGGAUGUAAAAUUCCAGAAAGAUCAGGUUUUAUUGUGGGAAUUAAUAGGAGUUUCAAAGCUGAUCACGCUG